ACAUUUAUUGAAACAAUGAAAGACGAAGUCUCACAAGACAUUUUGAAUGUUUAAUGGACAAAAUAUAAAUAUUUUUAAAUACAUGUUAUAUGAGUGUACCUACAUAAUAUAACAAAAAUAAUACAGUUUUAGAUUGAAAUCAUUUACGUUUAGAAAGAACAGAUCUUCAGAAAAUUUUUUUUCCAAAAGUGAAAGGUAUAGCUCAUAUUUAUAUUUUACAGAACAAAGAAGGAGUCAGCCAAAACUAUUGGGUUAUCAACAAAUAUUAAACACAAGUGCACAACCAAUAACCUAACCAUUUUAAUAACAUUCGAGUAAGAGGUGAGUUAAAAAAUGGGGACAAAAGCAAUGACUAUUGUUCCUAAAUUCUUAAAAAAUUCAAUAGACAUUUUAGGAGCAAUUGAUGAUGUAUACGACAUAUUCCAACUGAUAGGUAUAAUCCCAGAUGAACACAUGGAAAAAAUGGAAGAAAUUCUUACUGCUGUAGAAAAAAAUUACGAGGCUAUUGAAAACGUGGGCAAAAAAGUUGACAGAAAUUUUGCCGUGACAGUGGCCAUUCACAACGUUGUUACUAAGACUCUUUCAGUUCUGGAAAAGAUGAGAUGGGAAAUGCUACAAGGGUUCGAGAAAGUUCUUAAUAGCCUAGAGGAAUUAAAAACAGAAGACAAAAUCUCGAAUUUGGUAAACUUCAUUGAUGACUUUAACAGGAACACUGAGAUGCUGAUCCCAUUAUCCCCUGAAGAACGAGUGAUGAAGUUAGAUGGAAAUGAUGGAAUUUUAAAACAGUUAAACAAAGCAGUGGAUACGAAAGGAAUUUUAGAUAGUAACCUAAAUCAUAUUAUUAAUGAAAAGCUGGCAAUUCCAAAACACCAAAACGAUGACAGCGCAUUUUCUGCAUUGAAUAUUUUGUACUAUGGUGUCCAAACGUACGUUUCAGUGUUAUGUUUUAAUCUAAAGCAAUAUUGUUAUCUCAUAGAUUAUUAUUACAAAAAGGGCAAUAUCUAUAAGUAUAAUGAGUCUUUUGACCGGUUACAGUCAUCUUUCCACCACAUUAAACAAAGACUUAUAAGUACAACAGGUAAAGUACAAUUAAUUGAUAAAGUUAAAGAUAUUCUGAAGCAAGUUUCUGAGUUAAGAUUUGUCCGGAAUCAGGUUAAUGAUGUAUUCAAUACUUUAGAGCAACGCAUACACUAUUUAGAUGCAAUAUCAGAUAAUGUCAGAAACCUCAUAUUGCCCAUCGAUGUUUAUCAACCAAAUAAGCUGUUAUCAAGUCCAAAUUUUGAAAACUCUAAAAUACAAGCACCUCUAAAUAGAUGGAUUUCCAAUAAUACAGUCAGUUAUGCAUUACAGUUUGAGCACAAUAAUACCUACACCAAAAUAAGUGAAUGGUCUGAACCGGUAACCAUUCAAGAUAAGGCUUGUCCACUUCUUAACAUUCCAGUGGAUUUUAAAAGAAGAACUCGACUCAUUUUUAGAAAAUUUAAUAAUGAAAUUCCUGUGUUUGUAGGAAAAAUUACUCAAAAGUAUGAGACGACGUUUAGAGACAUUAACAGGGACAUUUAUAAUGCAGCUAUGGAUUCAAAUGAAGAACUAGCUAUAGACAGAAUUAAACUUCUGAUGAAGAAUGGAGGUGUUCUAAAUGAAACCUUUGAAGAUAAUAGACAACCGAUUCAUGCAGCAGCUCAAGUUGGUAAUAUUGAUGUCAUUAAAUUUUUACUAAAUCAUCAAAAUGUGAGCAUUAAUAGUCAAGAUGAUUAUGGUUAUACGCCCAUUUAUAUAGCUGCCGAAGCUGGGUACCACAAUUUGGUCCAAUUCUUAAUAGCUGCUAAUGCUAGCGUUAACGUAAAAACAAAACUUAAAAAAUUGACACCUUUACAUAUAGCUGCUUAUAAUGGAGAUGACAAAACUCUUAAGGUCUUGUUAAAGUCUGAGGAAACAAUUAUUAAUGUAGAGGAUCAAGAGGGAUUUACCCCUCUUCAUAGUGCAGUAUUUGGUGGUCCACUUGUGCUAAAAUCUUUGAUGUCUUGUAAUGAAACAAUGGUUAAUCGUAAAUCGAAAGCCAAUUUAACAGCUCUACAUUUGGCAGCUAUUAACGACUAUGACGAUGUGACAGAUAUGUUAAUUAACAAUUCCAACAUUCAAGUAAACUGUGAGACUGAGGGAAAUUUUACACCUCUACAUUUCGCUUCAUCUUUGGGAAAUUUAAGAACUGUUCAAGUUUUGUUAAAACAUAAAAACGUAAAUGUUAAUGCAAAAACUAUCGAUAACUUAACUGCGCUACAUUUGGCAAUUUCAUCUAAAAGCAAUGAUGUAGUUCUAGAACUUUUAAAAAAUGAGAAAACCGAUGUCAAUAUAAAAUCAAGCACAGGUGUUACAGCUCUUCACCUGGGAGCCAUACGUAACGAACAUGAGAUUGUUGGAACAUUAAUCAAGAAAGGGGCAAUGUUGGAAGACAGGACUCAAAAUCAUCUAACAGCUAUGCAGUUAACUGCGAUACAUAAUAUUGAAAAUGCUUUCAAUAUUCUGAUCGAUAACGGUGCAGAUAUUAAUUCUAAAACAAAUGGUUCAUCCAUCUUGCACUUAGCAGCCCAAUAUGGCCAUGUUAACAUUACUAGAAUCUUAUUUAAGAAUUGUGCCAAUUUUAGACAGUAUGACAAUUCAGGAUUCUUACCCAUUCACGUAGCUGCUUGGAAUGGAAAAAUUCCUAUAUUGGACAUCAUAUUAGAAGAAUUUCCAGAUAUUGUUGACAUUGUGAGUGGCGAUGAAACCAAACGUUCGUCUUCUUUACAUCUGGCAUCGGAAAAAGGAUAUAUGGAUGUUAUUAGAUAUUUAGUAGAGAAAAGGUGGGCCGGUAUAAAUAUACUAAAUGCAAACGAGGAGUCGCCAAUGAUGGUAGCUGCUAAUAAGGGAUAUUUUGAUGUUGUUAAAUACUUUUUUGAUAGAGAAGGAACAAACAUUAACCAAAAAAAUAUAUACGGUGAAUGUCUUUUGCAUUUGGCAUGCCUGUCAGGAAAUGUAGAUUUCGUCGACUACAUUAUACCAGUAUAUAACGUAACUUAUAAUAGAACUUCCUACGAAGACGCUUCUUUGCAUUAUGCUGCUCUAUCCGGGAAUUUAGACUUGGUGAAAUAUAUAAUUGAUAAAGGUGUUAAUCCAAAUACCGAAAAUAGAGGAUUUUACACACCGCUGACAUAUGCAACAUGGUACAACCAUAUGAAUAUUGUUAAGUACUUGGAAACUAAGAAGACUGAGUAUAUGACGCCUCGAGCAACUGGGAAUAUUCUUAAAGCAGCAACAUUGUCAGGCGAUCUGGAAAUGGUGAAAUAUAGUUUUAACAGAUACGGCUUCGAUGAAUAUGCUUUCGCACUUGCUGCUGAUUAUGGAUUUUUAGAUAUAGUUAAGUUCUACGUACAAAAAAAUAGUAGUCUGCAAUUUUAUUACAACUCUCUUCCAAUCCUUCAUCGAGCGUCCAAAUCAGGAAAUCUUGAGCUAGUAAAAUACUUAAUCGAAGAGAAAAAUGUAGCAAUAAAUAGAGAAUUUUCGUUACUCAGAUUGACGCCUCUUAGUUUGGCUAUUCUAUCGGGAAACCUGGAUCUUGUUAAAUAUUUUACAGAAGAGAAGAAUGUUACUAUUCUCAACCCUUACCGAUAUACCUUAUCUUCACUGAGCUUGGCUGUUGCUUCGGGAAAUUUGGAAAUGGUUAAAUAUUUUUUUGAAGAAAAGAAAGUUUCUGCGGAAUUUUCACAUGGUUGUUCGAUUGAAAAGGAAAUUAAAAACUUGGGCACAUACCAUUCAAUUAGCUCAUACACGGAUUCGUCCAUUAAUGUCUUUGCUGGAUUUUUUAAUAACGGAUUUGGAAUGCAAGCUGUUCUAAAGUGUGCUACAGGAAAAGGAUAUUUAGACAUCGUUAAAUAUUUUCUGGAUAAAAGGCACAUUUCAGUUGAUAUUAAUGAUCUAAUGUUUCGAGCAUUAGACGGUAAAAGAUUGGAUAUGGUAAAAUAUUUUGUAAAUGAAAAGAAUGUUAAUAUAGACAUAAAAAAUAAAAAUGGAAAGACGUUUCUAGAUGUAGGUGUCGACGUUUUUGGAAAAUCGAUCUUCUAUGGCGCAUUAGAUCGAUUUAAUACAAACAAAUCGAAAUCUUGUGCAAAAAAACUAACAAAAGUAGAAGUAAUUAAACUGAAGAAGCGCUCAGUUGUUUCUGAUAUGUCCAAUCACCAACAGGUUCGAAUAAGCAACAAAGACGUGGACAAUUGUUAUUUUAUUACAAAAAUUAACAAUGCACUGCAAUGCAUUACUUCUUUUAUUUAUCCCAGAAUAGAAACAAAUACUACCAGCAGUGUACAUGCUUCAGAAUACAGCAAUGAUUUUAAUAGCAAUCUCCUUUUACUGGACCUAGUUAUUAGAAAACUGAGUGGAAAAAGAUGUAUUUUAAAAAAUAAUAUGGAAAUUUCAGCAGCUGAUGCUGAAGCAUGUGCUUUAAACAUCAUAGAUGCAGUUGAAACGAUUCUUAAUUCGUCUGCUGAUGAUUUGUUACAGGGUUCAAAUUUAGAUUUUUUUAAAUUGUAUAUGGACAUUAAAAACUCUUUAGUUAGAGGAGAAUUGUUUGAAAUUCACGACUUCAUCUUUUUCAAUUUGGACCAAUAUCUCUCAGACAAUACUACAAUAAGAAAUUUUGUCAAUGAAACGAUAUAUAAUGAAAUUAAUAAUAUAAUAAAUAAAUCUUAAAAAUCUUAAACAUGUUUCAUUAUGUUCUGAAAAUCUGUGGUCAAACUUAUAUCACAUAUACAACUUUUAAAAAUGUAUAUUUUGUAUUUUUAGAUAUAGUUGUUCUACGUACAAAAAAUAGUAUGCCGCAAUUUUAUUACAACUCUCUUCCACUACUUCAUCGAGCAUCUAAAUCAGGAAAUCUUGAGCUAGUAAAAUACCUAAUCGAAGAGAAAAAUGUGCCAAUUAAUAAAAAAUUUUCGAUAUUCAGAUUGACUCCUCUCAGUUUGGCUAUUCUAUCGGGAAAACUGGAUCUUGUUAAAUAUUUUACAGAAGAGAAGAAUGUUACUAUUCACAACCCCCACCGAUAUACCUUAUCUUCAUUGAGCAUUGGCUGUUGCUUCGGGAAACUUGGAAAUGGUUAAAUAUUUUUUUUUGAAGAAAAGAAAGUUUCUGCGGAAUUUUCACAUGGUUGUUCGAUUGAAAAGCAAAUUAAAAACUUGAGCACAUACCAUUCAAUUGGCUCAUACACGGAUUCGUCCAUUAAUGUCUUUGCUGGAUUUUUUUAUAACGGAUUUGGAAUGCAAGCUGUUCUCUAUUGUGCUACAGGAAGAGGAUAUUUAGACAUCGUUAGAUAUUUUUUGGAGAAAAAACACAUUUCAGUUGAUUUUAAUGACAUUAUGUUUCGAGCAUUAGACAGUAAAAGGUUGAAUAUGGUAAAAUAUUUUGUAAAUGAAGAAAAUGUUGAUAUAGACAUAAAAAAUAAAAAUCAAAAGACGUUUCUAGAUGUCGGUGACGGUGUUUUUGGAAAAUCUAUCUUCUAUGGCGCAUUAGAUCGGUUUAAUACAAACAAAUCGAAAUCUUGUGCAAAAAAAAACUUGACAAAAAUAGAAGUAAUUAAACUGAAGAAGCGCUCAGUUGUUUCUGAUAUGUCCAAUCACCAACAGGUUCGAAUAAGCAACAAAGACGUGGACAAUUGUUAUUUUAUUAAAAUUAUUAUUUUAUUGUUAUAAAAUUAACAAUGCACUGCAAUGCAUUACUUCUUUUAUUUAUCCCAGAAUAGAAACAAAUACUACCAGCAGUGUACAUACUUCGGAAUACAGCAAUGAUUUUAAUAGCAAUCUCCUUUUACUGGACCUAUGUAUUAGAAAACUGAGUGGAAAAAGAUGUAUUUUAAAGAAUAAUAUGGAAAUUUCAGCAGCUGAUGCUGAAGCAUCUGCUUUAAACAUCAUAGAUGCAGUUGAAACGAUUCUUAAUUCGUCUGCUGAUGAUUUGAUACAGGGUGUAAAUUUAGAUUUUUUUAAAUUUGUAUAUGGAGAUUAAAAACUGUUUAGUUAGAGGUGAAUUGUUUAAAAUUCACGACAUCAUCUUUUUCAAUUUGGAACAAUAUCUCCCACACAGUACUACUAUAAGGAAUUUUGUUAAUAAAACUAUAUAUAAUGAAAUUAACAAUAUAAUAAAUAAACUUUAAAUCUGAAA